AGCAUGUCAUCUCUCUCCUGCAGAUCAGUGUGCAAGAAAACCCUUUCAAAAAGGCUUUGGCCUCGGUGUUUUUGCCAAAAUCCCUGAAGAACUUCCUGGGGAUCGAGUACUCUGACCCAGACAAGCAUUCAAAGAUCCAGUUCAAGUUUUUUGGCACUACUUCACUUUUUGUGGAUGACAGUUUAACGAUGGAGAGGUUGAACACUUACGUUGUGAGUGCCAGCAUUGAAAAUGCAUCAAUUCAGAAUCUUAAUGAGCCCGUGACUGUCACUCUCCACCACAUAGACCAGAACAGGGGCAAUGCAGCAGUGCACUGCGUCUUUUGGGACUUUGGGAAGAACAAUGGACUGGGUGGUUGGAAUACAUCAGGGUGUGAAAUGGAAUAUACAGAUAUGAAUUACACAAUCUGUUUUUGUAACCAUCUUACCCAUUUUGGAGUCCUACUGGACUUGGCUCGGACAGAAAUAGAUGUCACACACGAUCAUAUAUUAACUCUGAUAAGCUAUGCAGGAUGUGGUGCUUCUUCCCUUUUUUUGGGAAUAACACUCAUGGCAUACCUAACCCUUGAGAAGGUGCGGAGAGACAACCCCUCAAAAAUCCUGCUCAACCUUUGUGCUGCACUGCUGAUGCUGAACAUGGUCUUCCUCACAAAUUCCUGGCUGACCUCGUUCAACCAGCCAGGCCUCUGCAUCAUCAUGGCCAUGCUCCUCCACUAUUUCCUUCUUGCAGCAUUCACAUGGAUGUCCCUGGAGUCUGUUCACUUUUAUUUGGCUCUUGUCAAAGUUUUCAAUGUUUAUGUCCCAAAGUACAUUCUAAAAUGCUGCAUUGCUGGCUGGGGUAAGUAGACAGAUUUCCCCUCCACUUCUGUGUUUGUCAGCUUCUCUAAGAUUGGGGCGUAUUUACAGAGGUAAGUGAAGACACUGAGCUAGCAGA